CCACGUGUAGCAGGAUCAGGGUUAAUGUGAUGUCAAUGAGCGGCUCUACUGCUAAACUUUGGCCGUCUCCAGCCGUACAAAAGAUCUCGGAGUUUCGGAGCGCUGCGCAAGGAGUAAGCUAGCGUUCCGACGAUCCGAUCCCGACGACAUCCCGUAUUCCGGCGCGGUAAUGCAGUGAAGAGGAUUGGUGGAUGUCAACGCUAGAAGUUUGGGCACGAAGUUUAACCCUGGAAUUUCUUCUUUAAACGUUAGGCGCACUUAAACUUUUGAUCAAAAUGAAGUUGGUUAUCUACGGAGCUCAUAUGUUUUCAGUUAUCAUCCUUUUCCUCAUGCAUGAGGUGUCAAAAUGUGCAGGGAUUGGUGAGGUUAUCUAUGCAGUGAAUAGCGGCGGACCUGCACACAUAGACAUGUACGGAACUCAUUAUCAGGAAGACCCCUUGACCAUCGGGAUCCCAUCGGACUACGGGAAGAGUAUGCCGAUAGCUAGGGUUCCUCCAAGUGAUGCCAUCCUGUAUCAGACGGAGCGCUAUCAUUUAUCAACAUUUGGCUAUGAUAUUCCAAUCAAGGAAGAUGGCGACUAUGUUCUAGUUCUCAAGUUUUGUGAAGUUUGGUUCACAUCUUCAAGAAUGAAGGUAUUUGAUGUAGUCUUGAAUGAGCAGCACACAGUUGUACCUGAUCUGGAUAUUUACCACAAGGUUGGGCGUGGGACGGCCCAUGAUGAGUAUGUCCCUUUCACAGUCAGUAAGAGUAAACUCAAGGUACUCGGAGAGGUCUCAACAAUCAGUGGAUAUCUUAGAGUGGAAUUUCAAAAGGGUGAUCUAGACAAUCCUAAAAUCAAUGCACUUGUUGUUUAUAAGGGGACAUUUGAUGAUGUUCCAAAAUUACCUCCAUUUCCUGGUUUGGAGGAUCCUGAGGAUGAAGGUGACGACGAUGAGGAGAAGGAUGAGGACGAUGCACCUAAGGUGAUCUCAAAGGCCAAAUAUAAAUCUGGUCCUAAAGCUGUGGACCCGUAUGCAGCUGACGAAACUAGCUUUUUAUUCCCAGUACUUAUAGCAAUAGCAAUAUUCAUCCCUACUCUAUUUUGCCUGUGUAGAUUAUAAUGCAUAGCUGUUAGAAUUCUCAGUAUUUUAUUCUAGGAACCAGCACUACAAGUAGCUUUGGAAAUGUGGUUGAUGGGUUUGAUGGCUAUUCCUAUUCAAAAAUAUCUGUGCGGAUUGAUGAUUGGCUGAUGUCUGUGAAAUUGUGAUUUCAAACACUAUUAGAAAGUCUUGAAAGUACUGCUUUAAACUUUUAUUUAAAUGCAUAUAUGUGUAAUUUGAUUUGUGAAAUAAAAAAAUUAUCUAGCUCAGAUUACUACUUAUCAAAUAGUGUUGGUCCAUUUCUAUUUUGUUGUUUAAGAAAAGUGGAAAUGAAUGUGGUGAAGGUAUGUAUCAUUGAUAUCAUUGGUCAGGUCUUUUCUUUAUAAGAUAUGUACAAUCAUCUCUGCUGAAGUUGAAUCCAUAUGGACUCAGAAAUAGCUUUGCCUCUUUUUUUUUGGAGGGGGGGGCAGGGGGAAGAAAUUUUGGUUGAAGACGGUAUGAUGUAAAAACAAGAAAUCAAAUAGAGUAUCAACCAAGGCGAUAUUUCAUCUUCUGCAAGUUUGGCUUCAGUAGAGUUGACUGUACUCUCUUUAUAUAAAAUUGAGAAGAUUACUUGUAAUACAAUCAUAGUUUGAUUGUUCGCCAAAAGGGUUAUUUGUGAGAAAAUGUACUCAAUCUUGUUACGUUUGUCUGUCACAUGCUUUUUUUUUAAUGUGUGUGUUUUUCAUUUAUGGUUGAAGAUUUGGUUGACUUUCAAAAAUGUGGUUAAUAUCCCUUUACUCAUGAUAUCAGGUCUUGUAAUAUGACAGUGCCAAAAUAUACAUGUAGAAGCCUACAGUAGUUUUCUGGCAUUAUCCUUUUUAAUUAAAACGGAUUAUAAGAUUUGUGAUUAAUAGUUAAAAGAAGAUAGUAGUUCAUAUAGUGGCAAUGUAACUGAAAAAAAAUGAUUGGAUUAUAGAAUGUAUUUGAAAUGAGAAUACAUGUAUUUGUCUCAUGUAACUAGAAUAUUAAUUUCUUACUACUAAAGGAAAUUAUCCACUCACAAUUAAUAUUUGAUUUUGUGCUUGUUAAUCUGUCAUCAGAGAAUAUGAAAGGAUAACAAAAAUGCUUUCAUUUCAUUCUACUGCAUUAGAUGAGCUGAAGUCAUACUAGUAUUGCAUUCAGAUCUUCUGAAUAUAUACCUAGUUUUGGGUAAAGUAAAAGUCGUUUUUCUUUGCUCAUGAUUUUGCUAUUCCAUCAACACAAAAGAUACCAUAUCUACACAUUGCUACUGCUGCAAUGCACAACAGGAAAUCAAAACCAAAGAGGUUGGGCAAGAAUCAGAAACAUAGCAAGCAACUCAUAAAUAAGUGGAAACUGAUAAGUAGGAAGUAGAGACAAUACCUGUACCAGGAAAUAUUAUAAAUACACAGCAGCUACAAAUUAUUUUUCUUUGUCUAUCCUUUACUCUAUAAUAUAAAGGGGUACAAAUUUUAGCUUAGGAAAUAUAUGAGGAGGAGGGGGAUUUCACCCUCAUGACGGCCCAAAUCACCUGUAAAAUUCCUCCAAAAUGCAUGCUUUGGGCGACCAUUCUUUCUAGAGUUGCCUCAAUAUCUGUUCCAAACAAUAUUUAAGACUAUUUGAAAAGUCAUUAUUCUAACUGGCAGAAGAAUAAUCAUUUGCUUUUACUGCACAAUUUUUAUCCUUAAAAAAACAUUCAAAUGAAAGAAAUAGCCCCCAAAAUUCUGCAAAUUGCCCCCAAUGUGAAAAAAUGCCCCCUGAAAAUAAGAUCUAUUUCUUACCCUCUUGGGUACAAUACACUACUCUUGAAAUAAGUUGACAUGUCCUUUCAAUGAAAAGACUGUUCACAGAAUAUAUUCAUUUCCAAAUCACUUUAUCUCACAACAAAUAGUCAUUUUCUCUCAAAACUUUAGUUUCAAAACAUUUUCUUGAUAAGCUUGAAGUAUUCCCUUUAGAAAAACUGAAUACUAGGAAUCCAGUGUGCAAACAUCAUUUGUUGCUAUGAUGGGCAAUCUUGAGAGUUGACAUUAAAAACCUUUGUGUAAUAGCAUAUUAGUAAAUAGGUCUAUAAUGUAUUUUAUGGAUUAUGUCAUGAAUCUAAUGUGUCUCUAUGUCAGUGCUGUAAUUACCUCUUGUAAAGGAUACUUGAAACCAGCAUCCAAACUCACUUUGUUUAGUCACUUUCCUAGAGUGACCAGAUGGAAUCCUUACGAGGUACACCUUUAGCUAUGUUGCUAUGGAAACACAUUGUUUAGGUACUCUUUUAAUUCAGAACUGUACGUGUUAAUCUCCCCCUUCAAUAUUAAAACAUUGCUUGUGUAUGAUCUCUGGGUAAGUGUUCAUGUUCUGGAUCGCUUUGAGAGCUCAUAUUUGCUCUAUUAAAAUCCUGAACCAGCUGAAUCAGUUUGAAAAUUGGUUCUGAACUGGGUCUCGUAGCAACACAUACAUUUCAUCUCACUUCCUGAUAUCCUUAUUUAAUUUUACCCUUAUAGUACUAGUAUACCAUUGCCAACCUUUGAAUAUUUCCUGAUGAUUAAUGGGUCUAUAGCUAUUCGCGUGGUUAUCUUAUAACAAAUAAUUCUGGAUAUGUUUCAGAAUAUUGAUAAAUAUUUGUAUCACUAUAUAAGGACACUAGUGCAUAAACCAGGGUAAUUUUAUCCAUAGUUAUGUGGAUGGCACAUAAGUGACAUUUCAUGAGACAGUAUUUUGUGGUGAUGAAUGUUAUGUGUAAGUCUAGUUUAUGGCUUGCCUUUAUCAUGUAUGCAAAGGCUGUGAGACCGUGAUCUGUAGAACAACUUCAAUAUCACAGCUUCACAAGGAAUAAUAAUAAUAAUAGGCAUUUAUAUAGCGCCAUCUAUCUAGAAAUAUUCUAUUCCGAGGCGCGUUAUUAUUAUUACCAUAAUGAUAACCAUUUAUUUUCAACAUUGUGCCAUGUUAAUUAUCCUCGAAUGAGUUUUGUACGGGUGUUAUAGUUUGUUUCUCGACUUUGAGUAUUUUUAAUGCAAUUUUUAUAUCAUUACUGGAAAUGCUGUACCUAUCCCAAGUUCCACAUCUCGUUCGUUCAGCAGCUAUGAUGAUAGGCUCUUCAUCACUGCACCCUAUGAUCAUCUUAUACAUGUAUGUUGUUUUAGAAUUUAACCAAUGGAUCAUCAGUGAUCUAACCUAUUGACCAGAGGUCGACAAGACCAAAGACCAGUGAAGCCGAUUUUUUAACCAAUUUCUCUCUGAUUACUUCCUUUCUCAAGAGUAUCAUAGAUUAUACACCAACCAAAGCUAAUCAGCAAUUAAAUCAAACAAGAUAUGAUACUGUAACGGCAUGACACUGGAGCAAAAAUGAACAUGUGCUUACAUGUACUUAUUGCAUUCAGUCUGUGGGAAUUCGGUCAAGUGGA